AAACGAAAGGAAACGAACUAAAAACGUGUAUUAACUUGGCAUUGUUUUCGACCAGACCAGCUGCUGCAGUGCGUGGGGAAAUAUUUAUUGCGACAUAAAUGCAGACACAUACACGCACAAACAUAUGACAGAUGUGCGACGUGCUUGAAUAAAAUACAUAUAGACGACUCGCACACACACGCAGGCACACAUACACGUAGUGCGGAUGUUCUGAUUUUAUGCAAGAAAUCGAGCUAUAAUAAGAAUCUGAAAAUAUAUUAAAAAUAUAAUGCCAAAGAAAGCAGGCGAGCAACGAGCACGACAAAUAAUGACAGAGGGAAAAAACGAAAAGCGUCUGUAAGCAACAGCAAAAAGGGACAGGAACGAUACGUAAAACAAAACGGGAACAGACACAGGCAGCGCAGUGAAAAAUAAGAAAAAUUCAUAAGAAAAAGUGAUAUAGCAGAUCCGAUUCAAUUCCAAUUGAUUCGACCCGGCUGACGUGCAGCGCCAAGUGUUUCUUUCGACUGAUUCAAUCGCUUGCACGGGCCCAAAUCAUCUGCGACCUACAUCUGAGAGACAGCAGCAGAAGAAGCAGCAGCCCUUCCCAUGGACGACGAACUGGAAGAUAAGGUGUUCUAUCAGACGUACGUUUCCCACAUGAAAAUCCUUUCGAAAUUUGCGGUGGGCUUCUCUUCCAUCAAUUCCCCUCUGGCCUACAUAUGGAAGCUGUGCCGCCUUUAUGUCCUCCGGCCGGAGGUGAUGUUCUGCGGCCUCAUUCUGUUUAUCUUGUUGGUCUAUUUGCAAGCGGUAGAUGUGUGGAGUCGCAGCAUUCUGGGACGUAUCCAGGCCUCGUUUGGCCGCCAGAAGGCCGCGAAAAUGAUGGAGAUGUCGGCCAUGGCCGGCGACCAUCAGAGCUGGGAGGAAGUUAAGCAGCAAAGCUCAGCCUUUGCUGUGCUCGGACGCAGACCACGCAUGGAGGAUAGAUUUAUUCUUGAGGAGAACAUCAACAACAACACUGGCGUCUCCUUCUUUGCGGUCUUUGAUGGCCAUGGCGGAGAGUUUGCCGCUGAUUUUGCCAGGGAUGUGCUGGUGAAGAAUAUCUACAACAAAGUGAUUGAGAUGUCCAAGCUGUUGAAGACCGAAUCUGGUCCGGGAAACUAUGACAAGAGUCCCUAUCUGGCUCGCAAACAGAGCGGCCGCAAGGAUACCGCCAACAAGGAGAACACAGAGCCCGGCGCUGCAUCCGUUUCCCGUCGCGACAGUCUGCGCAAGGCCCACAGCACCACGGCCGAUUGCAGUGCCCUGAAGCAGAAGACAACGGAGGCAUCCAUUGCCGACAUUUACACGGCACAGCUGAAUGUGGCGAUGCGGGCCAGCGGCAAUACGGCGGCUAUGGGCUCUUCGUUUCUGAACAACAAUAAUAAUGCACAGAAUGGGGGCGCAAACGCUCCGCCGCCCGAACUCGAGGCUAAGUGCUACAUCGAGAACGGACGCAUCAACUUCGGGAAGCUCAUCACAGACGAGAUCCUGUCCGCCGACUACAAGCUGGUGGAAAAGGCCAAACAAACGACCAACAUUGCAGGUACCACAGCCUUAAUAGCCAUUGUUCAUGGCACUAAACUGAUUGUCGCUAAUGUGGGUGACUCUCGGGGCGUCAUGUACGACUCGCGUGGUAUAACCAUACCGCUGUCUUUUGAUCACAAGCCCCAGCAGGUGCGUGAGCGUAAACGGAUACACGAUGCCGGUGGGUUUAUUGCUUUCCGUGGGGUUUGGCGCGUGGCCGGAGUCUUGGCCACAUCGCGUGCAAUGGGAGAUUAUCCGCUGAAAGAUAAGAACCUAGUGAUUGCCACGCCUGACAUACUGACCUUUGAGUUGAACGAUCACAAGCCCCGCUUUCUGAUACUUGCUUCUGAUGGGCUCUGGGAUAUAUUCAGCAACGAGGAGGCCUGCAUCUUUAUCCAAGACCACCUCAAGGAGUCGGACUAUGGGGCCAAGUCCCUCACAAUGGAGUCGUACAAGCGGGGCUCCGUAGACAACAUAACCGUCGUGGUGAUUGUCUUCAGGAAUGAUGUCUACAAAAUUGGCGGGACAUCGGCGGGCAAGGUGGCAGACACUCCUGCCGCUGCUGCUGCUGCUCAACCGUUGGCCAAAUCCCCGUCCGUCGCUGCUGUGCAACGCUCGAAUUCAAUCAAAACCAAAUGAGGAAGAAGACCCCAGAGUGCCUGCUAAGAGUUAUACGAAUCUUUAGCUUUCCCCCUUGCCUUGCCCUGCGCUCCACUUCCCCGUCCCUCCAUCCAAAAUAUCUAGUUAGGCGAGAUGUAAAAUUCGUUUGUUAAAUGUUAAAUGAAUCCAAAGGCAGCACCACAAGCAUCACACCAUCACACCAUCACACCACCACACCAUCCGAAUCACACAUGCACACGGAAUAGGAGAAAAGGUUCCUUUUCGAAUCCCAUUUAAGGUUGUUCCAUUAGUCAAAUGUUGUUUUCGCAUCCUCCCACCAGCGCCACAUUGCCCCUGUACUUUGUUUCUAACCACACACACGCAUACACAAACACGAUACAACACACCCAUUGUCGGACGUAAUUAUUUAUUUAAAUUAUUUGUUAUACGAUACUUGUAAAAAUAGAAACAUUUUCUAAAAGGUGUUUAAAAUAAAGAAAGCAUUAGAGAAUGCA